AUGGCGGCGGUGCCCACAGAACCGCUCUGCCAAGCCUUGGCGCAGAUCUGCAGCGACGAGGACAGGGUCGUCUUCCGGGAGCAGCGCGCCCUGGAAGACGCGGACGUAGUUUCUGUCGGGGUGUUGGUGGUCGCUGGCGAAGGGGGCGCCGUAACAGUUGCCAUAGCUGUCAGCUCCAGCGUGCCGCUGCGGCUGCACUGGGCCACCGCUGACGACCUAUGCGGCGGGUGGCGGCCAGCCCCUCACGGGUGGGUGACGCGGCCUGCGAGGUCGUUCGAUGCUGGCGGGGGCGCGUGGGCAACCGACCUCGAGGAGGCGUCGCCCGGCGUGCAGCUGGUCGAGGUGGAGCUCCGCGCAGAGAGGGCCGCGCUCGCGUUUGUGCUGCGGACGCACCAGGACAGAUUCAUCAAGCAUCACGGGCGCGACAUCUACGCGGAGUCUGGCCUGACGCCGGAGUGUUGGGACGAGGAGGUGCUGCUGGACGACCACCGCGUGGUGGGAUUCGCCACGAAGGCCUGGUGCGACGACGCAGGGGUCGCCCACGUGCUGCUGGCGGCGGGGGCCCGCGAGGCGCUUGCGCUGCACUGGGGGCUUGUCGAGCGCGCAGGGGGCCGAUGGCGGCGGCCGCCCCAGGGCUGGGCGGGCGAGCCCCCAGGCUCGAAGCCGUGUGGCGACGGCGCCCUGGAGACGCCGUUCGAGCACGUCUCCGAGGGCUCCUACCGCCUCCAGCUGGAUCUGCCCCACGGCCGCUUCAGUUCCCUCGCCUUCGUGCUGCGCCUGGCAGGCGGCAUCUUCGUGAAGCGAGGGGGCCGCGACAUGCUGCUCGCUCUGCCAGGGCGCGGCGAGCACAGCGAGGCUUCGGGUGGCGGCCCCUCCUCGGAGCAGCACAUGCCGCGCGAGGAGCGGCACCCCGCGCCACACCACAGCGAGGACCCGCCAGCCGGGCAGGACGAGGUCGAGGACGCUGCAGAGGAGCGGCCGGCAUUGCCGCCCGCGGUUGCUCGCGCAGAGCGCAAUUUGAGCGACUUGCAGCGCCAGCUCGGGAAGCUUGCCGGCGGCGGCUCUUUCGACCGCCGGCUUGUGGAUGAGAUCGUCCGGAACGAGGAGCACUGUCAGCGCUCCCUGAUGCACCGCUACAACUUCGCCGCGGAGUUGCUUCAGCGUGAGGGAGCGCCUGGGGGCAUCGGCCAGGACCAGCUUGUAGUGCUCUUCGUGUGGCUUCGCUUCAUGAGCAUGCGCCAGCUGGUGAUAAACCGUAACUACAAUAUCAAGCCUCGCGAAAUCAGCGCGGCGCAGGAGCGGGUCACCCUGACGCUGGCAGCGGUGCUGCAGCAGCGGCCAGAACUGCGAGAAGUCGCGUGGGUGACCAUGGCGACUAUCGGCCGCGGAGGCGCUGGAGACACCGGCCAGCAGAUAAGGGACCAGAUCCUCGAGGUGCAGAAGCGCAACGAUUGCAAGGGCGGUAUGAUGGAGGAGUGGCACCAGAAGUUGCACAACAACACCUGCCCCGACGACGUGUCGAUCUGCGAGGCGCUGUUGGCCUACAUCGAGGAGGACUUGGACGUGGGCGCCUACUGGUCCCGAUUAGCCAAGGACAACGUCACAAGGGAGAGGUUGGCAAGUUACGACCGCAAAAUAUGCAGCGAGCCACGCUUCCGGCCAGAGCAGCGCAGGGGCUUGGCGCGGGACCUCACAGACUACUUGCGAACCCUCAAGGCCGUGCACUCGGGUACCGACCUGGAGUCUGCGAUCGACGCCGUGCUCGGCAAGACCACGCUUCCAGAGCGCUUGCGCGAGCUGCUGGCCGCCACGCAGCUGCUCGCAAAGGAUGUGCGGGGCGAGGGCGCAGCGCUGGCGGCGCUCGAGGCUGCAGUGGAAGCGCGCUGGGAGCUGCAGCCCCUGCUCGACCAGGCGGGCCGCCAGCGCGCAGGAGGCGCGCAGGGGAAGGACCUGCUGUACCUGGACAUGGCCCUGGAGGCCACGGUGCGCACCGUCGUGGAGGGCGCCCUGGCACGCCUGGGCCAGUCUGCGCCCGAGGAGGUGAUGGCCGUCGCCGCGGUGGUCCUGGAGAGCCUGGCGAUCUCCGCCGGCAGUAACGAGGAGCUGCUGCGUUGCCUCCGGAGCUGGCGGAGCGCCGCGUCGUGCACACGUGGCCCCGCCGAGCUCGCCCUGCGAGUCAAGGCGGCAGCGGAGCGUGUCGGCGCGGAGCUGGCCGCCAGGGGAGACCGUUUCGCGUGCGCGCUGCAGCCAGCUGCUGAGGCGUUGGGGCGUGGCCUUGGCGUGGAUGCCGACACCCUCGGGCUCUUCUCGGAGCAGGUGGCGCGCGGCGGCGCAGCAGCUCCCUUGGCGCAGCUGCUGCGCGUGCUGGACCCCAUGCUGCGCGGGAUGGCGGACAUGGGCGCCUGGCAGGUGAUCUCUUCUUUCGAGGCGCAAGGCCGCGUGCUCUGCGUCAGCGGGCUCGCCAGCCUGCAGCACGCGUCCCUUGAGGAGGCCACCGUGCUAGUAGCGGAGCGGGUGGGCGGCGAGGAGGACAUCCCAGAGGGCGCCGUGGCGCUGCUGACGCCCGACGCGCCCGACGUCCUCUCCCACGUGGCGGUGAGGGCCCGCAACGAGCGCAAGCUGUUUGCCACGGUGUUCGAUGCGGAGGCGAUGCAGGCGUUGCGCGCGCUCGCCGGGAAGGUGGUCCUCUGUAGGCCCGCCCCAGCGGGCGACUCCGUCGCCAUCGAGGCCGCAACCGGCUCCGAGCCAUCGCCGCGGGCGCCCGCGGCACCGUGCGCCACGGCCAGCGGACCGCGCCUGGCACGGAGAGCCUUCUGUGGGAGGUGGGCCCUGUCGCCGCCAGACUUCAGUCCGGAGAACACGGGCGGGAAGUCGCGCAACUUGUGCGCCCUACGCGGGAGGCUGCCGCAGUGGAUCCAGCUGCCCGCCAGCGUCGCCGUGCCCUUCGGCGCCUUUGACGCGGCGCUGGCGGAGGCGGCGAACGUCGGGGUUGCAGGCAGUUCCACCUUGAGAGAGAUCCGCGAGGCGGCGGCGGCGGUGAAGCCCUCCCCUGGCAUGGCCUCGGCGCUGCGGGCUGCGUUUGACCAGGAGGGCAUUCCGUGGCCUGGGGAGCCAGGCGACGGCGGGCGCGGCGCAGCCGCGUGGUCGGCUCUGGCCGCGGUGUGGGCCUCGAAAUGGAACGACGCCUCGUACGCGAGCUGCUGCAAGGCAGGGCUUCCGCAUAGCGACGUCUCCAUGGCUGUGCUGUGCCAGCAAGUCGUAGACGCCCGCUAUUCCUUCGUGAUUCAUACAACAAACCCCUUCACUGGCGAUCGUGAUGAGCUGUAUGCCGAGUUAGUGUGCGGCCUUGGAGAGGCCCUGGUCGGCAACUACUCUGGGCGUGCGCUUGGCUUCAGCGCACGGAAGGACGACACGACCAAGAUCACCAUCCGCAGCUUCCCGAGCAAAAGCAUAGGCCUCUUCGUGGAGGGUCCCACGAUCAUCUUCCGGUCCGACUCGAAUGCGGAGGACCUUCAGGGGUAUGCCGGAGCAGGCCUGUACGACAGCGUCAUCAUGGACAAGAGCGCACAGCAGCCGAUCGACUACUCGGACGAGCCGUUGUUGACGGACGCCCGCUUCCGAGAAGAGGUCCUUCGCAGCGUGGCCGCGAUCGGCGUGAGCGUGGAGCAGGCAGCGGGCGCUGCUCAGGACGUGGAGGGCGUUGUGGACCGCCAGGGGGCGUACUUCGUCGUGCAGACGCGGCCGCAAGUGUGA